UCAGCCUCCUGAGUAGUCCAAAUCCUACAAUGAAGGUUCAGAAGACUGAAGCCCAGCGAGGGGGUGUGGCCCCGCGAUGCCCCGCCCCUGACGCCCGGCGAUUGGCUGCGGGAAGGACUACAAACCGGUGCAUCAUGGGACUUUCCACAAUUACUGGGGUCUGGUUUGGUUCGGCCUGGUUUUCGUGUGCGGGUCCUAAGGCUUGAGCUGUGGGCCUGGGUGCUGCGUCUUAGCUUUGUUCGGUCAAGGCUGGCGCUCGAUCCCCUGAGCCACAGCUCCACGUCUGGACUGUGUUGGUUAACUAGGGAGGAGAGUCUCACGGACUUGGCCGCCCAGGCAUGGAGCCUGAGCGCGGGGAACCCAGCUGCCAACGUCGGCCGCGACGCAGUGCACGCCGGGAGCUCCAACAGACCCGCCCACCCAUGGCCGACUGCGAGCUGCAGGUGGGCGUGUGCCAGGACAUGUGCCCGGCCGCCGAGCGCGCCCGGCGGGAACGGGAGCGCCGCCUGCACCGCUUCGAGGUGGCGCCGGGACGCCGCGGGGAACCGCCCCGCGCGGACCCGCGGCGCGCCGUGAAGGAGUACAGCCGCCCGGCCGCCGGCCAGCCCCGGCCCCCGGCCAGCCAGCUGCGUCCGCCCUCCGUGCUGCUGGCCACCGUGCGCUACCUGGCCGGCGAGGUGGCCGGCAGCGCCGACGCCCCCCGCGCCGAGGUGGCGGGCUUCGUGGCCGACCGCCUGCGCGCGGUGCGGCUGGACCUGGCGCUGCAGGCGGCGGGCGACGCCGAGGCCGCGGCGGUGCUGGAGGCCGCGCUGGCCACGCUGCUGGCCGUGGUGGCGCGGCUCGGGCCCGAGGCGGCGCGCGGGCACGCGGACCCCGUGCUGCUGCAGACGCAGGUGCAGGAGGGCUUCGGGUCGCUGCGACGCUGCUACGAGCGGGGCGCGGGCCCGCACCCCCGCCAGGCCGCCUUCCAGGCCCUCUUCCUGCUCUAUAACCUGGGAUCCGUGGAGGCUCUGCAUGAGAUUCUGCAGCUGCCCGCCUCCCUGCGCGCCCGUCCGCCCCUGCGCAGGGCCCUGGCAGUGGACGCCGCCUUCCGCGAGGGCAACACCGCCCGCCUGUUUCGCCUGCUCCGAACCCUGCCCUACCUGCAGAGCUGCGCGGUGCAGGGCCACGUGGCCCAGGCCCGCCGACAAGCCCUGGCCUGCUUGGCUCGCGCCUUAAGCACCGCCAAAGGGCAGGCAUUGCCACUGGACUUCAUGGUCCGUCUGCUGGCCUUGGACGGUGCUCAGGAAGCCCGGGACCUGUGCCAGGCCCACGGGCUGCCCUUAGACGGAGAAGAAAGAGUUGUGUUCCUGAGAGGCCGCUAUGCCGAGGAAGGGCCGCCCCCAGCCGGGACCUGCCAGGCGUUGGUGGAGCGCAAGCUCAGAGGGCGCACCCUGGAGGACGUGGUCAUGGCAGAGGAGGAAGAGGCCGUGCACAGACCCGGCUCCCCCACGUGAGGGGCGGGCAGUCUCUCAGAACCUUAGUUUUCUUGUUAUUCCCAGAUAAUAAAAGGAACUUGUUUUUA